UCUAGACACCUUCAGACUGCACGACCGCCUGGACGCUCCAUACCGUCGUUGCUCUGAUAACGACCAAUUUCUGAUUAGUGGCAAGUGUUAGUGUGUUAAUACCGACUCCAUCCAAUUAAUUACAAGAAAUGCCACGCUUGCCUUAAGCCACAUCCUCGUCUACGUGGUCCGUGGACAUGGUAUCCAACAUGACGGAGACCAAGUUAGGAAUGGAAUCGGUGUCACCCGUGACACUGAGUUCUGACUGGUCCCGAUUGGCUCGACUUAUAUUUCUUGCAUCUCUUGCUGCUGUCGGAAGUGUUGGUAAUGUGUUUAUGAUAAGCGCCGUCAUGAUUGAAGAUUACCUCCGAAAGCGAGGUAACACGUUUGUGGUAAGCGUGGCAUUCGCCGAUCUGCUCGUGACGGGGCUAGUAAUCCCUGCAUCCGCCGUGGUCAUACUGGCGGGUCUUCCGGAGAACCUCCCUGUCUGCAAAUUCCAAUGGUUCCUCGCGACGCUAUGUUUUCUGGUAACAGUCCUUUCUCUCACAGCAAUUGCUGCCGAAAACUACGCCCGUUUGUGCUACUCUUCGACAACAUACGACCUUUUAAGUCGCAGCAAGAUCACCACCAUUCUUUUGUUACUAUGGAUUGUAAGUUCCGUCACUUCGAGUCUCCAAUUUGCCACUGAUUUGACCUUCGAUUACUGCACCAGGAAAAAUCCCGGUCUGAUCCCCUACCAGGCGACCAUUGGGGUGGUGUUUGUGUUUUUACCCAUAAUUUUGACGCUUUUUAGUUACGUACGAACCGCAUUUCACAUACGAAAAGCCAAAACAAGGCCCAACUUCAAACCGCCCGUCACCUUCAACUGGGACUAUUCCCUCAUGCACAGUAAUUUGUACAGUUUUCUUUUGUUUGUGGUCUUCUGGCUUCCGUUUGGCGUGGUUCUUGCGGUCGGAACUGUGAAGGAAGUUCACAACAGUUUGUUUUAUAAGUUGGCUUGGUUGGGGAUUACCAAAUCUUGUAUUAACAGUAUUUUGUACUGUAUUACCAACAGACAUUUUCGGGGAGCUUAUGUUAACUUGUUUCACUACUGCUGCUGCAAAACCACUGUGACCUUCUCGAGGAGGCAACGACCGGAGGGCGUGAGACCCUCCGGGGACGUCCGGGUUCAUAUCAUUCCAGGUUAUAACAUGUAUUGCAGUCCCCAGAGAAGCCGCGAGGGACAAAGCAAGAGGUGCUCGUCUCGGCCCAACGGAAGAGAUGUAUACGAAUUAUGAUGAGACGAUUAUUACACCACCAGCAGAGGGGUGUGGAUUUAGAUAACAAAUUUGUCAAGAAUUUUUUUUAUAUUACGACUUUUUUGAGAAAAUUUCGUAUAUAAGAGAUUUUUGGUGAGAAUCGAAUCCUGCAAGUGUUUAUAAUCGAACAGAGCUUUAUUUCCGCUGUAAUAUGAAAAUAUUGUGUAUGCACAAAAUAUGCAAACAUUCCACAACAUCAGUAUUUUGUUGACUAACUUUUUGAGCUUUAUUAUUAGAAAACAUUCCUUUAAGUUAAGUUGAUUAAUUUUAGUGUUAUACACUUCGAAUAACUUUCCGAGACUCGAACAGAUUUUAAAGCAUUUGUAAACAUAUGUUUCAAAGUUUGCUAAAUUCAAAUAAACCUUCUUAAUCGAUGUAUCUUGGAUCUUAAUUUACUGCACACGCGCAGUUUUUAACGCCUUUUUAAAGCUUUAAUUAAUCAUUAUGGAAAUUACUUCAAAAGACUGACUCGUAAUUUUAUUAUAAAACAACUUGCGAUGUGUCAGAAUUUAUAUUCAGCGUUAGUGUUAUUACCUUGCCUUAUUAAAUUAAAAACACUUUUCUACAAGACAAUUACGUUUAUUCAUUAAAACUACAAAGUGUAAUAUUGUUGUUUUAUUGCAUCUCAACUUUUAUAAGCAAGAUUAGGCUUGUGAAAAGUUUAUUUACAAACUUAUUGUUUAAACAGAGUCUAUUAUAAAAGUUUAUUAAAGUUUGCUCAGUGUAAAUAAAGCCAAAAAUAUUUAUUUUGCGAUAAAUAACUGUUUGCAACAAUCUUUGACCCGGCGCAUCCACCAUUUUUGGCGCACCAUUGCUAAAAUAGUCCGUUGCAACACAAAGACCGUCCAUAAUAUUACUUGAAAGAUUAUAUUAAAAAUAUGAAAUACAAUGUAAGGAAAAAUACAUUUAGCAUUUUGCAGUGUUAUAAUUAAAAGGCAUAAGGAUAAUUCCAUAAUAUGCUUGAUACAAAAUUAAAUUAAAAAUUCCCAUUUUAAAACUAGUUUUGUAUAAUAAUAUAAUUUUUUCAGUUAUUAUUGAAAAUGCUAAUCGUGUGGUGAACUUUUAAGAAAUAUAAAUAUCGGGAGACUGUAAAGUGAUUGUGAUUUUUUAUCUAAGUUGGUAUCAAAUUUAAAAUUUUAAUUUUACAACCUUGACUUUCAAAUUCAAAUUUUUAUAGGCAAUUGUCAUUAGAAGGAUUACUAAUAAUUCAGUGCCAAUAGAUUUUUUUGUCACAAACAUUAAAAGUCACCCGUUAUUUUGUUUCUACUUAUAUUUUAAUUUAGAAACCUUUACAAUUAAAUCCUUAAAGUUUCAUCUAACUUACUUGUGACACUGGUUUUAAAUCAAUUCUUUGAUACCAUUAUAAAAACUACUUAUACUAUAUACAGUUACCUACAUUAACAUCUUGAUAACUAUUAUUAUUAUAUUUUUCUUGAUAAAAACGCUAAAUGAAUUUUUCGAUUCCUGCAUACUCACCUCUACAUUAACGCUUAACAUACCGCACAAAUUUUUUUUAAGAUGUUGUUAAAUUGUUAUUAUAAUUAUUACUAGCUCUAAAUACCACUUAGGAUAAUUUUCCUUACUUGUUGAUCUGGCAUGAUGUCCGGCCAGAAUAUGUUAUUCAACUCGUAUUGUUUUAUGCAAUAAUAUGAGAAAUGAGAUCCAAGAUUCAUCAUGUGUGGACUAUAUGUUUGAUUUGAUCGAUUUGCACUUGGUAAAAUAUACAUGGCAUCCGCUUUUUAAAGAAUCAAAAUAUAGUUCAAAAUUUUUGCGGACCUAAUACCUGAGUGCCUAUCGCAAUAUUAUUACUUUACUUUAAUUGUAGACAAUACUGAAAUUUAUCAAAAUGGUAUUUUAUUAUUAUAAUAUUACUAAAUUUAAUCGCACCAACUAUAACUGUGUAACUUUACUCGAAAUGUUUUAUUCAUACAUAUAUUUAUGGAUAUAAAUGUACCCAUUUCCUAAUGUAAUAACAUGCUUGAGGAAACGUAAACUGGUCUAUAUAAUAUUGCGUUAUUAUGAGUUUUUCCACAAGCAAAAUAUGAGAAAUUACUAUUAUUUAGGUAAAAUAAAAUAAAAAUUGUUAUGAAAUAAGCAAAUCUGUCGGAAAAAUUUAUCAAAUUAUUAUAAGGUUGAAAAGUAAUGUUGUACACUUUUCCAACCUACAUUUAAUGAUUCCUUUUAAGUAUUAAUUUUCUGGCAGAUUUGUUUUAUUAAGAAUAUUUUUGGAAUCAGAUAAAACUCACGAAACAAAACAACCAAAUGUCCAAUAAAAUAACUCAUAAAAAUAAAAUAACAUGCAAAAAUUGGUCGUAACAUAUAAUAAAUGUUGCCUUCUUCCCAGCUGUGAUCUCUCUAACGAAAAAUAUACAUUAAAAUGUAACAUAAUGUGAUAAGGGACCAUUGUGCUAAAUGGAUUGUUGGUGAUUACGAUUGCAUUUUUAUUAAAAAUGAAACUAAAAUUGCUGGAUUACAUAAACGGAGAUUAUUAGGUCUGUCAACUGCUUUUCAAAAAUGCUUUCAGUUUAAUUCAUAUUUAUUCAAAAUUACACACAAGUUUAAAACAAGAACUUUUGCUUCUUGACUUGUGGUGGAAAAUCUCGAGGACAAGUCUGAGUUUCUUGGCUAACUUUUAGGGGGGCUUGGCUUAUCGGGUCUUCUUCGUCGAAUGUUUUUCUUAGGAUAUCUUCGAUAAAGUCUGAACAAGCUUUUGAUAAAAACUCUUUUGUCAUGUACUUAGCCUGAAUGAGAUUUGUUUGUUUAUCCUGCAUUUUUCACUAAAAAUUUAAACACUCACAGAGGACUUUGACACUUUUAAUGAUUUGUAAAAUGUCACAGAUUUGUUACUAGAUUUAAAAUUGUAUAAUUUUCGGAUGUAUUUUAGCACAAUGCACAAAACUAGAAGAUUUGGAAUAAGACUUAAAAUGGCAAAGAUUUUUAAGCAAAAGUUAAAGGCAUUUAGUUGUAGUAAAAAAAUAACAAAUGUUAUACAUUCGUUACGUAUUUCGUUAUGUGACGAAAAAAAAUACAAAGAUAACUCUUAAUUAAUAUUGACUAAUUUUAAAUGGUAUGUUUUCGAAUUUUCAUACAAGUGUACAGAUUUUUUUUUGACUUUCGAUGGACAUCGAACUGGGGAUUUAGAGAUCUUCCAUUUAACGUUUGUGCAAUUGGUUAGUGUUGACCACUUAGCGUUAUUGAAAAGCAGUGAAAAUCUUAUGCUGUAUUUAAAUAAAUGUACUAAAUGUCCAGACUUUAUAAAAUUAAAUGUAAAUGUGUAAAAUAUUCUAUUUGUAUUAUGAAUGUGUUCAAUGUGCAUUUCAUUUUUGUAAAACUGUUAUAAUUUAGAAAUUUGUGAAGCAGAUUGUGAAUUUUCAGGCAUGAAAUUCGGUGUUAGUUUAACAAAACCUCACAGUCUGUCUUACAAACACUAGUGUUUUCUUGAUUUAUCCCUCUGCUUCAGAGGAUAAGCGGUAUUCUAAAUGGAAAUAUGUAUUCUUAUACUAUAUACAUUAUAAAUGUUGUGAUAUAAACGAGUAAAUACAAAAAAAUAUUGAUGGUCCAUAUGUAAUACAAAGUAUUAGAUCGUAAUAAUGUUUAAUUUCAGAUGAAACAAGAGCCUCGGGUUGGAGACAUUGAAUAUUCAAUGAUGCUCUUGGUAGAUAAAUAACUAUUAUACAUUUAUAUUUAGAAGAAGUCAACUCAAAAUUAUCGAACGAAUUUAUACCAAAUUUUUAUUCUUCUAAACAUAAGUUGUAAACAACUAAAAAGCACAGUAAGUUUCAUUAUACAUUCAUUUGCAAAAGCUUUAUGUGGGCAAUAAUGUAAUAUACUCUCAAUGUAAAAUGUAUGUAGAUUUUAUAAGUUGUAAU